ACCCAAAACACACACACACACACACUUCCUUUUUUGUUUUUGUUAUUGCCAUGCAUUCGAUAAACGCUUCUUGAUUUGAUUUAUUUAAGUUUUAUACACUCUGGCUGGGUAUUCUUUUUUAUUUUGAUUUAUAGAGAUACAGCUGCGUGGCAGAAUGGAGAUAUGGAAAAACAGAUAGUAUCUAUACAGGAGGAGCUUCGUAAAGGAGACUAUCACUGGGAAGGAGACAAUGAUCUAAUAAAAGAAAGCAAUAAGCAUAAGCUAUUGCUCGAAUCAAUAGAUGAAUUAAAAGAGCAACUUCCACUUUUAAAAGAGAAAAUUAAAAACGCGAGAGUAUGCGGGCCAGAUUGCAGGCUCAAACAUGAUGAUCUUAACAUAAAUCUAGACAUCCUGACACCGGCUGAAUUACUACGCACUGUAAAAAGGUUUGAGAGAUUGAAGACAGACUUGAUAAGUACUCUCCGAAGCAAAGAAUGGCGCUUGGAUUCGGAAUCAAAGUUAUUCGUCCGCGUGAAUGACCAAAGAACAUAUCUGCAGAAUGAGCUUAUGAUUUGUCAGAAUAACAUAUUAAGAUUGCAGAUAAACGGUCCAUACUGGCAGCACAUUUCGCGAAAUAACGACGAGAGAGUGCUGGACCCAAAGCGAGGUCCCAUAAAGAAAAGCUUUGGGGAACGCUUGCCACCGAUUGCCACGCAAUGA